CAGGCUUUUUCCCAGCCCCACGGUUGGGGGGUCGCUUGCAUCACACCCACGCCGCCUCCGAAAAGCGCCGCAAAUCCGUCCCAGCUGCGCGGCUUCCAUGGCUGCCGCGGCGGCUGCAGGGGACUCCGGCGAGCAGCCGCUGCUCCACCUCAAGCUCGCCUUCCUCGCCCUGGAGCCCCCCGCCUGCGUCCUCACCCUCGCCAGAAAGGCUGGUGGAGGUUCUGUCACGCCACAUGUUCAAAAUUUUAUUUUGGAGAACUGUGUUGGCACUAAUGUAGGGGGAGGUCCAGAUUGUACAUAUGUGAAAACUAUUCUUAAAAAGGUUAUAGCUGAGGCGGAAUUAUCGUCAGAUAUUGUGAUUGAUGAACUCUAUGAGGAAUUUGGCCGUUGUAUGUCGUCAAGGGCAAAUAACCCAGAGCUUAGCCUGGCCAAGAUCUACAAGGAGAUAUCUUUUCUUUCUCCUGCAUAUGAGAAUGUAUCCUCGAAUCCAGUAAGUUUGGUUGCUCGAUUAUUAUGUUCUACUAACAUGCUCGAAGGGGAUACAGGGUGCUGUCUUUGGCCAUCAAGUUUAUUCUUAUCUGAGUUUAUUCUUUCAUUCCCAGAACUUUUCGCCAAAAAAUGCUGCUUUGAGCUAGGUUCUGGUGUUGGUUUGGUUGGUGUAUGUCUAAACCAUGUUGGUGCUUCCAAGGUUAUUCUUACUGAUGGUGAUGCAUCUACACUAACAAACAUGAAGGCAAACAUGGAAAUGAAUAACUUACACAUUGAGGAUUCUCAACUAGUAAAAGAAAGCAAGAAUAAGGUAGAGUGCAAAUAUCUUUCCUGGGAAGAAGCGUGUGAAAGCGAUUUAAGAGACUACCAGAGAGACAUAGUUCUUGGUGCAGACAUUAUAUACAACCCGUCCUGCGUGCCCCACCUGGUACGAGUACUUUGUAUGCUACUUAGAGGCGAUGAUGGACGACAUGAAAGUGUCAAUGCGGCAACCAACGGAGAAAUUGGUGACGAAGUAUCUGGGACCACCGCAACCGGAGGUCCUGUGGCCUAUAUUGCCACGGUCAUUCGGAAUGCAGACACUUUCAAUUGCUUUGCCAAGGCAGCUGCUGAUGCGAAGUUGUCUGUUGUCAACAUUACCAGCAGCGCAGCUCCAUCCAGUUUUCUUCCUUACAUGAUCUCAUAUGAUAGAUCGAGCGUGCAACUUCUUAAGAUUACACUAUUAUCCUAAGUUGCUGGUGAGUGCAGCUCCUGUCAGUCUGUUUUGACGUUGCUACUUAAACGUUUAUUGCAGAGACAUCAAUCUUAUCGGAAUAUCAGUCGUUCGUAUCAAGUCUGUCCUAAAGUGUUUCCUUCC